UUCAUCCUUCAUUUACUAUAAACUUCGCUUAUCUUUGACAGCAUAGAUUCAAUUAAUGGCCAGGAAAACACUCAUGAAUGAUGCUAUGCAGAAAGGCAUUUCAUUCGUACUUUGGUACCAUAAUAUGUGUAGUCGGGGAGUCAUGUAAAUUGUUACACUCUCAACAUUUAGCUCUUGAGCGUUUGAGGGAUUCAUCAUUCUACACUGCAGCAGUUUCAGUACCAAAAAUUAUCUUCAAAGCAUAUUGAACUAUCAUCCUCUAUCAUCUGUACAAGAAGCAUGAAUUCCCCAUCUACGCAGUUUGUCUCCUCAGGAAGGAUGGGUAUAUACGAGCCUAUCCACCAGAUUGGCAUGUGGGGAGAACCCUUUAAGAGUAAUGGAAUUCCAAAUGCAUCCACAUCAGUGUUUGUAGCUGGCGAUCCAAAUUCAUCUCAAUCGAUAAUUAUAGCAGUGGACACAAAACUAGACAAUCAGUCAGAAGAUACUUCACAGAAUACUCUUGGACCGUCUAGCAAAUACGACCAAGAAGCAACUAAACCCAUCGAUAAGGUACAAAGACGUCUUGCACAAAAUCGUAAGGCUGCUCGUAAAAGUCGUUUGCAGAAAAAGGCGUACGUUCAGCAGUUAGAAUCAAGUCGUCUGAAGCUUAUUCAAAUAGAGCAGGAACUUGAAAGGGCUAGGCAACAGGGUCUAAACAUAGACGGUGGAGUAGAAACUAGUCAUCUGGGGUUUGCUGGACCAAAUAACUCAGGGAUUGCCACUUUUGAGAUGGAAUAUGGACACUGGCUGGAAGAACAAAAUAGACAAAUUGGCGAUCUGAGGACUGCUUUGAAUGCCCAUAUAAGUGAUAUUGAACUGCGCAUACUUGUAGAAAGUGGAAUUAAUCACUAUUCUGAACUUUUUCGCAUGAAAGCAACUGCUGCAAAAGCUGAUGUUUUCUAUCUGAUGUCUGGGAUGUGGAAAUCAUCAGCAGAGAGGUUUUUCUUGUGGAUAGGAGGAUUUCGCCCUUCAGAGCUUCUUAAGUUUAAAUUACAGAUUCUCAAGCCUCAGCUUGAGCCCUUGACAGACCAACAACUUUUGGAUGUCUGCAACCUUAAACAAUCAUGUCAGCAAGCGGAAGAUGCUCUUUCACAAGGUAUGGAGAAACUCCAGCAAACUUUAGCUGAGGCUGUAGCGGCUGGUCGAUUGGGUGAAGCCAGUCAUUUGCCACAAAUGGAUACAGCAAUGGAGAAGUUGGAAGGUCUGGUCCGCUUUGUACAGCAGAAGGAUCUUGUAUCCUCCUUGCUGGAAUGCAUUUUCCUCCCGCUCUCGAUAUCAGCUGACAUUAAUUUUCUGUGCCCUUCUCUUUCACUCUAGCGUAUGAUAUGAAUUGACCGCUAACUAUCGGUCUCCCAUGAAUGUUAAACACCACAACGCUUGAACUUGUAUCAAUCUCCUCUAAUACCUUGGUUUUAUGCACUGGCAUAAUUGUCACUGUUUCUAGUUUUUGUAUUUUUUAAAUUUAUUAUUAUUUUCACCGUAA